AUGAUCAGAUCAUCAAUUAAUUUAUUAAGAGCAUCAAAUAAAAUUAAUUUAAAUAAUACAAAUAGAUUAUUUGCAAAUAGUUUAUUAUUAAAUAAUGGUGAAAAGAAAUCAUAUUUCUCAACCGAAGUUAAAGUACCAAUCGAAUUAAUUAAAGAAUUAAGAGUUAAAACUCAAUCACCAGUUCAAGAAUGUAAAAAAGCAUUACAAGCAAGCAACAACGAUAUAGAAAAGGCCGUUCAAUGGUUAUUAGAAAAAGGCAAAGCUACUGCUGAAAAAUUAAAGACUAGAGUUUCUGCAGAAGGUAUUGUUUCAAUUUUAACCUCUGGUAAUAAAGGUGUUAUUUUAGAAAUGAACAGUGAAACCGAUUUCGUUUCACGUGGUGAUAUUUUCCGUGAUUUAGCACAACAAAUUUCAAAAGCCUCAUUAGAAAACUCAUCAGCUAUUGUUGAUGGUAAAAACGGUGUCACCGAUAUUGCACCAACUGAAGUCGAUAAGAUCAAUCCAAUCAAAUUCGAUUUUGUCAUUGAAGAUACAGUUGAACCAAUGACUGUUAGAGAUUUAAUUGUUCGUGCCGUUAGCAAGUUACGUGAAAAUAUUGUCUUACGUCGUGUUUCUUUAGUAUCAUCCAAUAGUAAUAAUGUUGUCGUCUCUGGUUAUGCUCAUAACCCAGCUUUAGCAGACAGCACUUUUGGUCGUUUAGGUGCCAUUGUAGAACUCGAAUACGAAGGUGAAUGUAAUGAUAUCAAUGCUCUUAAAGAUUUUGGUAAAAAGAUUGCCACUCAUAUUGUUGCUCAAUCACCAUCAUGUGUUUCAGUUGAUGACAUUGCUGCUGAUAUCAUCGAAGAUUGUAAAAAAAAUAAUAAAAGCGUUGAAAAACUCUAUGACGAUAUGGUACUUUUAGAACAAGAACUCCUUGGCUCUUUAUCAAACGAAAAAGUUAAAGAUAGUUUAGUCACUCUUUCAAAUAAAUUAGGCUCAAAAUCAAUUUCAAUCAAAUCAUUUAGACGUUAUGCAAUCGGUGAAACUGCUGAUAAAUUAUAA